UUGUGUGUGUGCGUGUGUGUGUGUGUGUGUUGCAGCUCCAUACUGUAACAGUUUGGUAAAGAACAUGGAUUCGAACCCGAUGUCCCGGAUGAUCUGGCAGGCCCUGAAGCCGCUGCUGAUGGGGAAGAUCCUGUACACGCCGCACACGCCCGCCACGCAGAGGAUCAUCCACGAGGUGAACCGGACCUUCCAGGAGCUGGGUGUGUUCAGGGACCUGGGCGGGAUGUGGGACGAGAUGAGACCCAAAGUGUGGGACUUCAUGGAGAACAGCGAGCAGAUGGACGUCAUCCGGACUCUGCUGAAGAACAACCUCACCGCAAAGUUCUUCCACGCUCAGCUCGCCAACACCGACUGGACCGUCGCCGACGUCUCCACCUUCCUGUCCAAGCAGCCGGGACAGGCGCCGGGCGGCGCCCUCACCUGGAGGGAGGUGUUCAACGAGACCGACCAGGCCAUCAUGAGCAUCUCCCGCUUCAUGGAGUGUGUGAACCUGGACAAACUGGAGCCGGUCUCCAGCGAAGAGCGACUGGUCAACCAGUCCAUGGUGCUGCUGGAGGACAGGAAGUUCUGGGCGGGGAUCGUGUUCCCGGACAUCGAGCCAAACGCCACCGAGCUGCCGGCCAAACUCAACUACAAGAUCCGCAUGGACAUCGACAACGUGGAGAGGACCAAUAAGAUCAAAGACGCGUAAGCGCACACACACACACACACACACACACACACACACACAGAUGAAAGUGUUCCUGUCCCUGAACGGUGCGAACGACCUCGACGACCCCGAAACUACUGCAGUGAAAACAGCACAGAGACGCCUGAGAGGUGUGUGUGUUUGUUGACCGUCAUUUUUGGGACUCACUUCCCAUUUCAGGACAAACAGCAGAUCCCCACACGGUUUUA